AUGGCAGACCAACCAACCCAUCUUCCUCCCAGCGAACUGGGAACGAAGGAAUACUGGGAAACCUUCUACGCCCGCACCCUCUCCCACCUCACCACCAAAACCCCCGAGACCGACCACCCAGCAAACCCAGAAUCCCAAGAUCCCUCAAAUGAAGACACCGACCCAGACUCAGACGCAGACGACGACUCCGACCCCGGCACCUCCUGGUUCUCCGAACACAACGCCCCCGAAAAAGUCCUCGACUUUUUAACCGAUGAUGAAUUCCCGCUCGCCCCCGCGAACACCUUCCCAUCCUCUCCAUCUACGAAAUGGAAUGGAAAAGUACUCGACGAUCAACCGAAGGUGUUGGACCUGGGGACUGGGAAUGGGAGCCAGUUGGCGCUGCUGAGGAAGAAAGGGGGUUAUCGGGGGGAGAUGGUGGGGGUUGAUUAUUCGAGGCAGAGUGUUGAGUUGGCGAGGGCGUUGCAGAGGGGGAGGGGGCAUAGUGCUUAUCGGUCUGAUUCUGAUUCUGAUUCUGAGGAAGAUGAGGAUGAGGAUGGGGCUGAAGCCCAGACAGAGGGAGGCACGCAGAUCCGCUUCGAGGAAUAUGAUAUUCUCAAUCCGGUCCCGAAGGACACACUGGAUUGGUUCCCGCGGGCGAACGGGGGCUUUGAUAUUGUUCUUGACAAAGGGACGUUUGAUGCUAUUUCGUUGUCGGAGGAGAUGGUUGCUGAGAAGCGGGUUUGCGAGCGGUAUCCUGGUGUUGUGGUGGGGUUGGUGCGGGAGGGAGGGUUUCUGGUUGUGACGAGUUGUAAUUGGACCGAGGAGGAGAUUGUUAGGUGGUUUGUUGAUGGGACCAAGGGGGAGUUGAAGGUCUGGGGGAGGGUGGAAUAUCCAAGGUUUCGAUUUGGGGGGAAGGAGGGGCAGGGGGUUUGUACGGUUUGUUUUCAGCGUUCUUGA